CACGGUUCCGACCGGUUGGUGGCUUCUUGCAAGAAUCGAAUCGAAUCGAAUCGAUCGAGACAACCAAUCCUCGCAAAGCGGGAGGACUCCGGCAACGCCCAACAAGAACUGCACCACACCCAUUCACUUCACACGCAAGCGGACACCGGUUCUAUACAAUCGUAGUGAUAUCCAGCCAUGGAGGACGGYGCAUCGACGACAACCGCAWCGACGGGGGCGAGCGCCCCCCGGGACCUUACCGGCCUGAUCCAGAUCACCAACGAGUACGAGCUCCACGAAGAGGAGCCCCCGCUCCCCCCGGCGGUCGGGGUUGCGGAAGAGGGUGGUGGUGUSGCRCAACUYGUCACGAACUGCCCCUUCCCGGGCGCUCCCGGCUUUUGCCCGGUAGGCGGCGGAGCAGGCAAGGACGACGGAGGCACCGGCAACGACGACCACGACGGCAACGAAAACGGCUGCUGGCCCCGGCCUUGCGGCUGCCCCACCGCCGGUGCCGAAGGGUUUGCGAGCGGGAUGGUUUCGGGGGCGGAAACCGCCGGGAGGGAGUCCCUUUCGGUCCUCGCCUUGGCCUCGGGGGGGGCUUUGGAGGGCGCCCGGUGGCACUCGGCGCGGGCCGCGGAGGCMCUCGGWGCGGCGGGCCGGGGGGUCUUCGAGGCCUCGGUGGCCUCGGUGGAGGGCGCAAGGGARACGGCUUGGGCCUKCGAGGGAUCCCUGCGGUCUCUGGCCUUUUGCCUCUGGGAACAACGGGCCCUGCCGCUGUGGGAAGGGGCGGUGCCCUACCUGGCGGGAACCGGGGAGGGGUGGUCCGGGGAGGCCGGGGCGGCCGGCUGCCUGUUGGAAGGCACCCUCCGGGCCUUUGGGAGGGUGGUCUUUUGCGACAACCCGGUGACGGGACUCUUUUGCCUGGCGGGGAUCCUGUGGGCGUCUCCCCUCGCGGGGCUUUGCUCCCUGCUUUCCGCGCUGUCGGUGAGUCUAAAAGAACAGAGCAGAAAAGAAAAKAACAGAGCAGAGGAGCAGGACAUCAAACACGAACAUGCCAAAGCCGUUUCUCGGCUUGCCGCAACAACCGAACGCGUUCGGCGUUUCCCUCUUUCAUCGUUUCCGUUUCUCACCAAACACUCUCCACUYUGCACUCUCUUUGUUUGAACCAACCAGGCCAACGCGGUUGCCCUGUUUUGGAACGAGGACCAAGGCACCCUGCGAAGCGGCCGCUGCGCCACUAACGCGGUCCUGACCGGCUCCUGGAUCGCCGGUUCGGUGGACCCCGGAUUCUCGGAUUCCGCAACCAAGAUCGUGCUCUUUCUGGCCGUGGCGGUGCUGGCUCCCGCCACGCUGUGGAUCGAGCGCUGCUGGAGCAAGAGGUGGGGCGGCCUGCUUCCCCCGCUCCUGCUGCCGGCCAACGCCGUGGUGGUGGCCACCGUCCUCUGCGCCGGUGUUUGGAACCGCGCCAUGGACACCCGUGUCGAGCUCUGCCACCGCGGCUGCAUCGGUUCGUUUGGCGGCGCUGGCAGCGGUGCCGACGACAUCAACGACGACGACGACGAAAGGUUGCCUACGCCGGGCCUCCUGGUCCACGAGGUCGUCCUGCACAGCCUCUCCGGCAUCUUUUUUGCGGAGAAUCCCCGCAAUCCCGGUUCCUUCGCAACCGGCGCCCUGGUGCUGAUCGGCGUCCUGUGCUGCAGCCGGGUCCUCGCUCUGGCGCUGGCCGGCGGGGCCGCGGCGUCCGGACUCGGCCUGGGACGCCUCGUGUUCGGGGCUUCCGGCCAAGCCCUGGACGGGGGGGACGUCUUUGGGGUCAACCCGGCCCUGGCAGCGGCCGGAAUCCUUUAUUACUACGGGUCCCGCGGCCGCAACCCCCCAAGGAAGACCCUGGGCCUGGCGGUCCUYGCGGCGUUCGCGGCGGUGGUGGUCCAGUCCGCUUUCGACGCGAUCCUGGAACUCUUGCUGUGAGUCGAGUCGAGUCGAAUCGAACGCAUCCCGUCCCGUCCUGUUGGAUUGCUCCCUUGCCGCACUGGUUGGCCCCCACGAAUUGGCCCCAACGAGUUCCUCACCUCCCUUUCCCACCCACUUGGGUUUUUUUUUCAUUUUCAUUCUCUGGCUCUCUUGCAAUGCCGCCACCGCUUCUGCCCACCAAAGCAGAGACGAUCCGGUAGCCACGUCGCUCGGAUUCUGUUUCACCCUCCUGCCACUCUUGUCGUCCUCCUCGUCGGUCUUCCAGAGGAUUCCCGAACCGGAACUCUCGACGCCCGAAGACCACGGCCUUUGUCUCAACCUUUGCAACCAAAAAAGCAAAGAGGACGACGACGACGACGACGACGACGACGAGGCAGGGGGAUCCUCGCUACUCGGGGACAGCGGCAGGGGAAGCGGGAUUGCCAAAAAAGGUAGCGACGGCAGCGACGACGAUUACGAAAACAUCGAGGCACCUCCCGCGAACGAGAAAACCCCGCUCCUAGAUUCGCCGUGAAGCCUGCGGGCUCUCCACGGCGCACACGUGGUAUCGAGUGCAGCAUURGURUUCGCGACAAAAUCGAUUCUUUGCAGAAUUGUUGUCCUUCCAYUGGAGUCGAAGCRUUGACACCAGAAGACCACGGCUCUCCGAUCCAAAAGAAGGCGGGGCGGGGAUGGCAAAGACUACAACAUUGGGGCAUUUCUUACCAUCGACAAGACCCCGCGCUCUGAGAUUUGCUUCGAAACCCACGGGCAGCACUACUUUGUGUCGAAUGUAGAAGAACUGUAUAUCGCAGAAUGGAUUGAAUACGGAAUUAUCUACUAUUUUGYUAUUGURAACUCRURCUCGUASCUAGCUUGCUUCCUUCUCGGACGGUGCGGGAUCGAUCGCACACGCCCGGCCCGGCCCGGCUUCCUUUUCGGUUCCGCAUCUGUUCCGCUGCUACACCAUCGAGUUCGCCGGCGAGACGUAGCUGUGGGCCAUCUCCACGAACUCCCGGCCCCCCUCCGCGACGUACUCCUCCUCCUCGAAGGUCUCGGGCGUCAUGAUCCCCUCMCUCAUCUCCCUGGUCAGGACGGCGUGCGGGUACAGGAGGAGGCCGUUCACCAGAACGUCGAUCCACUCGCCCUUGGCGAGCCGGAACAACAGGACGCACCCGAUCCCGGCCGUCGCMRCCAGCAUCCCGUCGACACUCCAGUUCAUGGCCGAGUGCAGCCCGAGGGCGGAGACCCCCGCGACGGCCAGGGCCCCGAAAAGGGUCCGGAAGACGCUCUGGGCCCCGUACGAAGAGCCCUUGUMCAGGCCGAAGAGGACGGCCAGGACGAUYGCCACCAGGAGGGUAAAGAGGAUGUUCAGAAUGUCCAGGACCACCGUGGCGGUCCGCAUGUCGCACAGGCCAAAGAAGAGCUGCGACCGGCGGUUCCGGUGGGUCGACGCGGUGGCCGUGCCGCUGGUGGUGCUGCCCGCCGUGCUCUGCCCGGGCGCCGUUCCGGGCUCGUGGCCCGUGCCUUCGUCCGCCUGCCGGACGUACCCCGUCUCGGGGCCCUCGGCGCUGGUCGACAUGAUUGGAUGGUUGGCGUUUGUGGUUGUUGUGGACGACGACGGUGUGGGCUGUGAGCUCUGGGCUGUGAGCUGUGUUUCAAACCG